ACCGGGAGGCUGCAACUGCCUGAGCUGAGGAAAAUGAACUCCGAUAACGAACUAUUAGGCUACUUGUACACCAGAUGCAGUAAUUGAAGUGGUUGCAAAUUAAGUCAGCAAAUGUUCAACUAAAAUAAGGAAGUUGAAUAAACGCGUGUUCAACUUGGGAAUUAUUGACCGUUAUUUUUACGCCCAGAGUUCUUCCCGUCUGUUUUGGAGCUGAAGUUGUUGCGCGGGGUAAAUGUAAGAUCCACCUGCAAUCUACAGAGGAGUUUUCCAAAUAAUGUUUGGAUUUCUAUGCUCCAGAAUGUACAGUGGUGUCCUUUCCUAUGAACAAGAAGUUUUGUGAGGAAAAUAAACGUUAUAUAUUUUUUUACAUAUAUAUCUAAGCCUUGCGCCACUUCUUACACGGACACUUUAUGAAUUCAUUUCAUAUUAUGACCAAAGAGCAUGAAAAUACAUAUUUUUUAUUAGGGCUCGUGCAACCGCGGGAUCUCACUGACUCAUCAGACAUAAUUGGUCUUUAUACUAUUUUUAAAAAUCAGGCAACGUUUGGAGAGGAUGAGGAGUCGUUGGGUGAAGCAUGAGCUGCCAGGGUAUCGGUCUUAGACGACUGUCUGUGCUGCUCCUAUGGGAGGGGCUCGCUCUGAGCCUGUGCUGCUGCUGGACCGGGACGUGGGUUGUUGCUGCUGCAGCCGGACCCAGUGAUGAUGGUGGUACCGCUGGGCCCAUGGGCUGGUUGCUAUCAGACAAAGGGCCCUUCCACCACUCUUUGGAUUUCACUGAGUCGGUGGAGAGACACCAACAGGGCUACACUACCAGAUACAAGAUGUUCAGGGAGUUCGGCCGAUGGAAAGUCAACAGCCUGGCGGUGGAGAGGCGGGGCGGCAGCGGCCUGGUUCCGCCCCUUGACCCUGACUUCAUGCGCACAGUCAGGCAGUUGGGGCGGCGGCCCACCCUCCGCAGGAUCACUGAGACCAUUAUCAAGAAGUACGGGACUCACCUCCUGCUGUCCGCCACUCUUGGAGGGGAGGAGUCCUUGACGAUAUUUGUGGAUAAGCGGAAGCUGAGCCGAGGCCCAGAACCAGGGGCUGGAGCUGAGGGCAGCAGCCACAAUAAUACGGGGGCUGGGGUGGUGACCCUGGAGGCCCUUCACCAGCUGGCUGCCUCCUACUUCACAGACAGGGAGAACACCCUGCGCCGUCUCCACCACCUCCAGAUCGCCUCUACCGCCAUCAGGGUGACUGAAACCAGGACAGGCCCCCUUGGAUGCAGUAACUAUGAUAACCUUGACUCUGUCAGCUCAGUACUGGUCCACAGUCCAGAAAACAAGAUCCAAUUACAAGGACUCCAGGUCAUUCUGCCAGCGUACCUGCGGAGCCGCUUCGUCCAGGCAGCCCUCAGCUACAUCGGCUGCAACUCGGAGGGACAGUUUGUGUGCAGGGCCAGUGACUGCUGGUGCCAGUGUAGCCCGGACUUCCCACAGUGCAACUGUCCACAGACGGACCUCCAGGCCCUGGAGAACAACCUGCUCCGCCUCAGAGAGGCCUGGACACUGGCCAACGAGGAGUUUGAGGAAUCAGAGGAGUUCCAAAGCUUCGUCGGAAGGCUGCCAACCCAGUACGCGGUGAACAAAUCUGUCGUGGAACACUUUUGGAGGACGGAUGGGGGUCUGCUCCAGCGCUACAGGCAGCUGGAGACCAUGAGAGGCCUGCUUCUCGACAAAGCGAGCCACACCGCUAACAAGCUCUUCAGUCUCAUUAAGAGAUGCCGUCAUCAACCCAGAAUUGUGCUGCACAGGGAGAGACCCCUCCACUACUGGCUGAGCUACAUCCUGUCCCUCCUGUACUGCAGUGAGAACAACCACAUCGGCGUGUACUCUGAGCAGACCAGGAGCUGUUCCUGCCCCUACCACCACUCUUCCUGCCAGGGCCCCGUCCCCUGCUCUGUGGGAGAAGGCCCCCGCUGUGCGUCUUGUUCCCCCGAGAACCGCACCCGCUGCUCCAGCUGCAACCCGGGCUUCUUUCUAGGCCAGGGGCUCUGCCGACCCGCCGUACCUGACCCCACGGAUCCUUACCUGGGUUUGGAGAGCGACCGCGACCUUCAGGACUUGGAGCUGCGCUACCUACUCCAGCGCCGCGACUCGCGCAUUGCCCUGCACGCCAUCUUCGUCAGCAGCGAUGUGCGCCUCAAUGCCUGGUUCGACCCGUCGUGGCGGAAGAGGAUGCUGCUGACGCUAAAGAGCAACCGCUACAAGUCCAACCGCGUGCACAUGCUCCUGGGGGUGUCGCUCCAGGUGUGCCUGACCAAGAACAGCACGCUGGAGCCUGCGCUGUCCGUGUUCGUCAACCCAUUCGGGGGCAGCCACUCGGAGAGCUGGACCAUGCCGAUCGGCCAGCACGGCUACCCCGACUGGAACAGGACCAAGCUGGAUAUCCCUCUGGACUGCUACAACUGGACCUUGACACUGGGCAACCGGUGGAAGAGCUUUUUCGAGACCGUCCAUUUCUACCUGAGGAGCCGCAUUAGGGAUUCGGGGCCAGGCUCGGGGGUUGGGGGACACAGAAACGCUAGUAGAGCGUACUUUGAACCACUAGAGGGCGCCGUGGAACCUGUGGAGGCGUAUUCAUCCCAGAACAUGGGCUACAUGAAGAUCAACAGCAUGCAGCUGUUUGGAUACAGCAUGCACUUUGACCCAGAUGCAAUCCAGGACCUAAUCCUGCAGUUGGACUACCCGUAUACACAGGGAUCCCAGGACUCAGCCCUGCUGCAGCUGGUAGAGGUCCGCUACAGGGUCAACCGCCUCUCCCCUCCAGGGGCUCAGCCUAUGGACCUGUUCUCGUGUCUGCUCCGUCAAAGACUGAAACUGUCCAGUUCAGAAGUGACCAGAAUACUGGCUUCUCUACAGGCUUUCAGUGCCAGACAACCAAACUUUGUGGAGUACGAGGCACCCAAGCUAUGUAGUUAAU